AUGCCUUUGGUCCCGAGCCAGCCAGGGUGGAUGUCGCCUUCAUCCCACCGGGACAUCCUGAGAGUGACUUGGUCACCGUGUCUUUUCCCAACACCGCUGGCAAUGCAGGCACAAAGAUGCCUAUGGGCCAGAGCCACAGGAGGACGAUGGUCGGGCUUCAGAACCGGGGCUUCGAGGGUUCAUGUAUGUCACUACGAGAAGGACGAGCAAUGUAGACUCUUGAUUCAUACACCACCGGUCAUACAGUAUCCAAAUUUUAUUAAUCAAGAACAUCCAUUAUUUGAACGCAUGAGUUCGGUGGCAUUUUCAUGA